ACAUGCUCACCUGAACCGGAAGAGAAUCGGGUACCUGUGUGUCACAGUUGAUCUGCAUUUAAGCCAAAAAAAAAACACACAAAGAAAUGGUAUCUAUUAAGCUCUCGGUGUUGAUAUAACGGCCAUCUCUCGGCAACGUUUACUUAACCAACCCGUCACACCUUUAGUGGCUUAAGCUUUGUUAGAGACGGUGUCGUCAAAAUUCUCUGGCCUUCGACGAAUUUACGGAAACAUGGAGGUGUUGACGUUACUUGAGAUCACCGCUGUCCUGUGGGGGACGUAUUUGGUGGUGACUUGGUGGUUGGAGAGAGGACGUCUAUCACAGCUAACCGACAAGACCGUCCUGAUCACGGGGUGCGACACCGGCUUCGGGAACCUCCUGGCCAAGCGGCUGGACCAGCUCGGCCUGCGGGUGUUCGCGGGCUGUCUGACCGCGGCCGGCGUGGCAGAGUUACGGCAGUCCUGCUCCGAACGGCUGCAGCCGAUCCGGAUGGACGUCAGCAGCUCAGACAGCGUACAAAAUGCGUUCAGGGUGGUUAAGGAAACGGUGGGGAAUAAAGGUUUGUGGGGGCUGGUGAACAAUGCGGGUAUUAAUGGUGAUAUGGCGGGACCCAUGGAGUGGGCGACCAAGGAAGAUUAUCAGACCGUCCUGAACGUGAACUUGCUGGGGAUGAUUGACGUCACCAAGACAUUUCUCCCGCUCCUCAAGAAGUCACGUGGUCGGGUCGUCAACGUCGCAAGUGCUGCUGGGAGAGUGGCUGUUCCGGAUGCCGGCCCUUACACCGUGUCGAAAUUUGGCGUGGAGGCAUUUUCUGACUCUCUGAGACGGGCUAUGAGAACCUUUGGAGUCAAAGUUGUCAUCAUCGAGCCUGGGUAUUUCCGAACCGAAAUCAACAACAAGGAGAGUGCCCUGCGUCGUAUGGACGACACCUGGCAGCUGCAGAGUCCUGAGACCAAGACUGAGUACGGGGAGGAGUUUCUGCAAGCUGGAAAGGACGGAAUAAAAGCUUCAGGUCGUUUCAUGCAAGAUCCAGUUGCCGUUGUGGAUGCGAUGGCGCAUGCGCUGUGUGCUAACCACCCCCGGAGCCGUUACGUGAUUGGUUGGGACGCUAGUUUCAUCUUUGUACCAAUUUCCUGGCUGCCAACCGAACUGGGUGAUCUGGCCGUUCGGCUGGUGGCACCGGAAAUGACGCCUACCCCAGCCUGCUGUAAGAAUAAACAGUAGCUUAAAGAGAAAUAAAGCAGUAUCUUGCUCACUUUCCAAAAGUUGAUAUGGCGU